AAAAGAUAAGAGAUAUUAUCAGUUUUGAGUUUACUUAAUCUUUGCAUCGGACUAAAAGCAGACGCAUCUGUCACACAGCGAGUGUGAUUAUUUGUCAGAACGGUAAUUUAUCUUCUAAAGGAGCUAAGUCUAGAAUAUUUGGCUGAUGUACCAUGCAAGCAGGUCAGGUAGUUUUAUUCGGUUUAUUGCUGUCACUCUUCGUGACAAAUGGAGGUGCUUGGACAUGCAAUUAUUUUCAAGAGAUGAAAGAUGAACAAACAUAUUAUGUGUAUAAUAUGGAGUAUCCCAAUUACUACAAAGACGAAAAUCAAUGCACUUGGAAUGCAACUAGUCCUUACAAUAUCCAAAUAAAGUGUAAUAUUGAAAUGACUCAGACUAGUGGCUGUGAUCUAGAGCAACUUUCCUUUAAAUUUGAUAACAAAGAACUAGUUCGCUAUUGCGGUAGAGGUGAAUUCGUUCUCGAGGGAAGAAAUCCAACUGUAAGAUUUGUGUCGAAACGUUUUUCGUCGGGUAAAUUUUUAUGCAAUAUGACGACUUUGCAUAAAAAUAAUGACUGCAAAUGUGGUUGGCGCAAAACAACCAGAAUAGUAGGCGGUGAAGAAACUGGGGUAAAUGAAUUUCCUAUGAUGUGUGGAAUCGUUGAUGCUAAGGAUGGAACGUUAUAUUGCGGUUGUACCAUAAUAUCUCCAGAAUAUGUAAUAACAGCGGCUCAUUGCGUAGACCAAAGAGAUAUAAGUAUGACUGGUGUAGUCGUUGGUGAACAUGAUACAAGCACAAAUGAAGAAACUAAGGCAACCAAAGUGUUCCGCCUGGAUGAAUGCAAGAUACAUUCUUCGUAUAACGGACGCGAUAACGAUGUAGCUCUUUGUAAGAUUCGUGGUACUAUCACUUACUCUCAGGAAGUUGGUCCGGUCUGCUUACCAUUUCAACAUAGUACAGAUUCGUUCGCUGGUCGUACCGUCACUGCGGCAGGCUGGGGUUUAAUAGGGUUUGCCGAAGCUAAAGCAGAAAAGCUUCGAAAAGUGGAUUUAAAUGUAAUAAGUCUUGCACAAUGCAGCAAAUCUUUUUCUUACGUAAACGACAAAAAUAUGUGCACGUAUACUCGGGGAAAAGACACUUGUCAGAUGGAUAGCGGUGGACCUCUUUUAUGGUCGAAUCCUUCUACGGGCAACCUUGUAUUGGCUGGUAUUACAGCUGCCGGUGAGGGCUGUGCUUCGGACACACCUGCUGUCGCGAUGCGUACAGGAGCUUUUAUCGAUUGGAUAGUAGCCAAUACACCUGGUGCGAAAUAUUGUCAAAUUGAAUGAGCGGUAUAUAAUUAAAAAGAAGAAUUGCGUUCUACAAGAGUCUGGACUUCUGCUGGUACUUUAUUUAUCGUUACUUUUGCAAAAUAUUGAAUUAUAUUUGCAAAUAUAUAUAUAUAUAUAUAUAACAAUA